AUGAUGCGCACGUUUCGUAUAACGCUCGUCUGCGGCCUGGUCUUGACCCUGUUGUUGGUGAAGAUCCAUCUGGACUCCAUCAAGUCCGAUCGGGUGGACCGCCUGGACCGCCAGGACCGCCGCAAAUUUGAUUUUGUGGUAAAUGAUGGAGGUGCGCAUAUCGAGCUGGUCUCGAAAGAUCAAUUGUCUCCUUCAGUUCAAGCUUGGUCUAGCUCAACUACCGCCUCAACUACCACCGUCUCGACUUCCACUUCUAAGACCUAUCCGGAGCCGACCAAUCCGGCUAUAAGGCGGACGGAGUUUAAGCCACAGAUUAUUCCCGUGGAAGUCCCCGGGUUCUGGGCCGAUGACUAUGAUGACUACGAUGAUCUCUGGUGGCAGUAUAUAGAAGAUUACGAAGAGGAAGAGCGCAAGCCUACCCCUUCGUCACCCCCAAAGCCCAAGGUGACGCCCAAGACCGAUCGGAUCAUCGUCAUGGGUAGAACGUCAUGGGAAGACUCAGAUUGGCUGGAGGAGGAGCUGCCUGAAUGGCAGCAUGCAGUCUACGUGGUCGACGAUCCGGACGCUGAAUACGCCGUCAAAGAGAACAAAGGCAAAGAGAGCAAUGUUUAUCUUCAGUACAUCAUUGAUCAUUACGACGAACUCCCCAAUUACAUGGUUUUCCUCCAUGCGCACCGGGCCAGCUCUCACGUCGAGUUCAUGGAGCAGGACAACGCUCUCACCGUCCAGCGACUUCAGUUAGACUAUGUCGACGAGUCGGGCUAUGUUAAUCUGCGAUGUGACUGGAACCCCGGGUGUCCCAAUGAAGUCCAGCCGUUCCGACAAUUGGCCGGGCGCACCACCGAGAUUGCCUUUGCUGGCGCUUGGAUGCAGAUUUUCAACAACACCAAUAUCCCUGAAGUUGUGGCGGCUCCCUGUUGCGCUCAGUUCUCGGUUAGCAAGGCUCAAGUCCUUGCUCGCCCGUUGAGUGACUAUCAGGCUUAUCACAAAUGGCUCAUGACCACCGAGUUGGAUGAUGAAACCAGCGGCCGGGUGUUCGAGUACCUAUGGCAUAUUAUCUUUGGCAAGGAGGCUGUAUAUUGUCCGUCGAAGGGUCAGUGUUAUAACGAUGUAUACAAUAUCGAAUAUGACCCUGAAUGGGACUGGUCUUUGUCCCAGGACGAAUGGUUUGAUGAAGAUUCAUCGUGGGACGAGGAAUUUUCGGAUCAAGAAGAGAAUUAUCAAGAAAAGGACUUUUCAACCUCUGCAAUUAAAGAUGAUGCAUAUGCCAUCCGCGGCAAUUCGUCAGAAGCCGGCGAGGAUCAAGUUCUGGACGAUAAUUGA